AUGUCAGAUACUUGGGCAGCUGCAGACGCAGUGGCUUGCGAUUUGCUCCGGCAGCUGACGCCUGAUGAGAUUGCUGGCUUGAUCGGCGGGCGAGGCUUCUGGAGCAAUGGUGGCGUACCACGAUUGAAGCUGCCAGCUCUGCAGAUGACCGACGGCCCAAGUGGUGCUCGCGGUCCACUACCUGGGCUCGCUUCGGCCUGCGUUCCGUGUGGUGCUGCCUUGGGCGCCACCUGGGACCCCGAAUUGUGUCGGAAGAUUGGCGCUGUCCUUGGACAGGAGACUAAGGUGAAAGGUGCUCACGUCCUUUUGGGCCCAACGGUCAACCUUCAACGUCACCCGCUGGGAGGACGGAACUUCGAAUGCUUCUCAGAAGAUCCACAGUUGAGUGCAGCGUUGGCUGUGGCGUACAUCGAGGGUGUUCAGGAGCAGGGCGUGGCAUGCUGCGUGAAGCACUUGGUUGCCAACGACCAGGAGCAUCGGCGCAGCCACAUCAGCGCAGAGGUAUCAGAGAAGGCACUGCGAGAAGUCUAUUUGGUCCCUUUCGAGGCCGCUGUCCAAGCCGGCUGCAUGGCUGUGAUGACGGGGUACAACCGGGUGAAUGGAAUUUUCUGCUCCGAAAACCGCUUCCUCUUGCAGGAGAUCUUAAGGAAAGAGUGGGGUUUCAGAGGCUGCGUGAUGAGUGAUUGGACAGGAACUCACAGUGUCUGGGGAUCUCUGGAGGCAGGCUUGGAUCUGGAAAUGCCGGAGGCACCUGGCAUGUUCUACAAGGAUCGCUUGAGCCGCCUUUUCCAUGGAGAUCCCGACGGGCGCGCAGAGAUGACGAAGCCCCGAGCGCUGGCUGUGCUCAGAGUGAUGGCACGGCUAGGUCUCCAGCCGGGCAUGCACACUCCCGCCCCAGCGGUCUCGCCUAAUUCACCGGAGCUGCGCGAGCUGCUGGCGAUUGCCGCCGCCGAAUCGGUUGUGCUUCUGAAGAACGGAUCAGGCCCACCAUCAGGUGGGCCGUUGCCGCUGAGCCGUGGACCUGUGGCCGUACUCGGGCCCAGUGGCCGUCGCUUGACAACGCAGGGAGGUGGAAGUGCAGCAGUCGAGGAGAACCUUGGUUCCGUUAAUUUAGUGGAAGCACUGCGACGGCGGCUCGGAGAACAUGCUGUUCAGUAUGGCCGGGGAACGGAUGCGGCGACCCGGCUGCUUCCGCCUCCUGAUCCUGCCGAGCUUCGUGCAGUGCAGGGUGAGGGUUUGCUGAAGGCCGAGUUCGUGGAGACGAGCUCCUGGCAACAGCUUCCAGAUGAUCGGCCUGCUGCCAUCUCAGCGGCCAUCCGUGCCUUGAACUUUGGCUUCUUCACGGGGAUUUUUUACAAUCAGGACCCCCCAUCCCGAAAGUUCCGGCCUCGAGGGCCCUGGGCCGUUCGCUACCGCGGUCAACUCACCUCUCGGCACACGGGCAGACAUCAACUUAGCCUUGCCGGCACUGGCCGAUUCCGUUUGUUUGUGCGCGGCCAAUGCCUCAUCGAUGCAGUGGGAGACGGCGAGAGCCUGGAGAUGGGGGGUUUUCUCGGGGAUUUGGGAACGGAGCACCGCACGGAGCUGGAGCUUUCGGGUGGUGAGGGCGUGGAAGUCUGCGUCCUGUGGGCUCCCGGACCCAUCCGGCCUUCGCGGCUCCACCUCGGUUUUCGGCAAAAGCCAUGGGCCUCCGAAGCGGAGUUGCAGGCCGAAGCGGUGAAGCUGGCGCGCGCAGCGGAAACCGCGGUGGUGGUUUUGGGGUCUCCAGGCCAGGACUCCGAAGGCCGCGACCAGAGCUUCGAAGUCUGUGGCCUGGAGCUCGUGCGAGCCGUGGCCGCGGUACAGCCCCGGACGGUCGUGUGCCUGAAUGUGGGAUCAGCCAAGCAGCUGCCGCCAGAGCUUCUGAAGCUGGCGGGGGCGGUGCUGGUCUGCUGGCUCGGUGGCCAAGAGGCCGCAGAGGGCCUGGCCAGGGUCUUAUGCGGUGAGGGCUGGGGACCUUCGGGUCGGCUGCCCGCGACCUGGCCCUACAAGCUGGAGGACACCGUGAUCGGCAAGGGCUUGCAGCGAUACCCCGGUGUUGGAACUCAGGUCUUCUAUUCCGAGGGUGUCCUGCUGGGACACCGCUGGUUCCAGAGCCAAGGCAUUUCACCUCAGUUCUGCUUCGGCCAUGGCCUCGCCUACACCAGCUUCGAGUACUCAGAUGCAGAACUCAGAGAACUGCGAGGACCCGGCGGAGGACCCGGCGGCGGAGCAGCGCUCCGCACCUUCGAGCCGGAGGCCGAGCUGGAGCUGGUGGCCCGGAUCCGGAACUCCGGGGCCCGCGCGGGCAAAGAGGUCCUCCAGGUCUUUGCGGAGCGUUUUGACGGAUCCGGUGACGGAGCCCGCGGAGCCCGCGGAGCCCGGCCCUGGCGGCUCCUGCUUGGCUUUACAAAGGUGGCAUUGCAUCCCGGUGAGGCACAAGUGGCAGCCGUCAAGUUCCUGGCUCGGGAAGCCACGCGACAUUGGUGCGAGAUAAAGCGCACUUGGGUGGUGGAGCCCUGCUGCGAUGUGCUGAUUGCAUCGUCCGGGGAGGAGCAGUGGACCAUUACUGUCUAUGGGUCCAUUACGUUACUGUUGUUGUUCAUUCCUUUCCGAUCGCUGGAGCUUGAUGCAAAGGUCGGAGCUCCGGCGGCUUUUGCUUCCGGCUUCAACGGGCUUGGGCCCCCGGCCACUGCGGAAGAGCCGCCCAAAGCAAAGGAAUCCAAGGAAGUUACCCUCAAGAUCGGAGACAGCUUCGUUGCCAGGUUCCCCAGUGGAAUUCCAAGUGACGAUUUCUACAUAGGUGGUGGUGGAGACAUGAUGGGUGGGACUCAGUCUCUGAACAGCCCGAAGGUGACCUACAUCAAACCUGGAGGAAUCGCUUAUGGGCAGGGAGUGCGCGUUGGCGACGAGGUCACCGGCGCGCAGAAAGCCGACGUGAAUGUGCUGUUUUCGGAAGGACAGCUCCGGAGGAUGGAGAAUGUGGACAAAGUGUUGAAGAAGAUCUCAGCUUCGAGCGAAAUCAAAGGUGCCGAGUCCUCGCCCGGUUUGAUCAUCGAGUUCCGUGCGAGGGGAACCGUCCAGCCGGGCGAGCCCGCCCCCGACUUCAAGUUGCCAGCCAGCACCGGGGGUGAGCUCUCCCUGAAAGAGCUCCUCGAGGGCAACGAGUAUCUGGUGAUGUUUUUCCGUCCCUCCAGUCGCUUCAGAGGUGGAGGCCUGGACGAGGUCAAGUACUUCAACCGAGCGCAGAAGGCUCUGGCAGAAAGAGGAGCGACCGUCGUCGGAAUACAGCGGGAGCCGCUCAAGGCGCUCCAAACGCAGUCUAAGGGCCUCGACCUUAACUUCCCGUUGCUGUGCGACGUGAAGGGGGAGGUUGCGAAACUCUACGGAGCCUAUAUCGAGCUGGAAGAGCAAGGUCCUAACACAGACCGAAAGACCUUCAUUAUAGGCAAGGACGGCUUCGUCAAGACCGCCUUCGUCGCUGUCGGGUACGAUGCCGACAAAUUUGCGCUCCAAAACCACGUGGCAGAUGUCGUACGGGUUCUGGGUGGCGAUCCCAAGAAGGCGAAGGAAGACAUCCAACCAAAGUCUAAGACUGUGGGAGACAUGCUGGACAUCGCAUUCGGCGUGAAGAAGCCCAAGCUGUGA